ACUCAGUUUGAGGUAGAACACUGCGAAUACUGAAGCGCUUCACUGGAAACAACCGGAUCGUCCUGCAUGAACGGUUAGAAGUCUGAUGGAGCAGGACAUGGGUUUCUCCAUUCACAUCCUGCGUCGCCCCCCAUCAGAAGACGUCCCUGAUUUAAUGGGUCCAAUCAUCGGGAUGUCGCCGGAUAAGAAAGCAGAAUCCCCAGGCAUGCUAGGGGAACGGGCGGGCCGGCGUGGAGUUUGUGGGACGCUACCUGAAGCAGAGUGUGCCGCCAGCCCCCUGGCCACCAGCCUGGACCAUACCUCCAGCUCAGGAGACGAAGAACUUACCAACCUCAACUGGCUCCACGAGAACCUUCUCCAGAACUUCACGCUGGGAGGCAACGAGACCCAGUCCAGCUCCAGUCCACUCUUUGACAUUGAAGGCAACCAUGGGAACUCAGUCAUAUCCUCGGCAGCUUCUAAUGGAGAUUCUGUCAAGUCGAAACCACCUUUCUCCUUCUCCCUGCUCAUAUACAUGGCCAUUGAACAGUCCCCAAGCAAGUCUCUGCCAGUGAAGGACAUUUACGGUUGGAUUCUGGAGCACUUUCCAUACUUCUCUAGCGCCCCCACUGGCUGGAAGAACUCGGUGCGGCACAAUCUGUCCCUCAACAAGUGCUUCCGCAAGGUGGAAAGGAGCCUGGGGAAGGUGAAUGGAAAGGGUUCUUUGUGGUGUGUGGACCCAGAAUACAGACCCAAUCUGAUUCAAGCCCUGAAGAAACAGCACUUCCCCACGGCCCACUCCUUCUGCACGCCCCCUGCCUCCCCACCCAGUGCCUUCUCACCCACGCGACACCUCUUCCUCCAGGGCUGCUCUCUGAAAGAGUCUGAUAUUGAUGCUGCCACCUCUAUGAUGCUCUUAAACUCGGCCCCCGGACACCACAGUGACCUGUGUGACCGGGACAGCCCCAUUGACCUCUCUCAUCCGGACUCCAUCCUUGUGAGCAGCGACCCAAAGCAAGACCACAACUACAGCAGUGCGUCAUUCCAGCGGUGCUCGUCUCGCUCCUCCUCAUCAUCCUCUUCUUCGCUGUGCUCCCUGGAUGAGGCUGGCUGCGAUUCCGGCCAGGGCCGCCGUGCCGGCAGUGAGGGUUUCCAUAGCGACGAGGACUCCGAGGAGGAGAGGAACAUGUGCCUGCCCAAACUUCCCAUCCGUCGCCCACUCACUGUCAAGUGCCCUAUUCCGGGUAAACGGACUCAUCACGAGUCCAAGCCAGAAUUGGAUGAGGAGCUGAAAGAGGCGGCUGGGUCACUCUUACAUCUGGCCGGGAUCCGAUCCGGUCUGGAUCUAUCGAAACGAAAAGCCAAGUGUAAAAAACUGGCAAAGCAUUGAAAAUAAAGCCGGAAAAAGCCCUUAGUGACCUUUUAACCCCUGGACUGUAUAUCAGUGACCGUGCCUAAUUUUUUUGGAUCAUUAAAAAUCUUAAAAUCUCUCCUUUUUCUGACACAGGAAUCAACAAUAAGGAUUUUACCUGCCCUGGUAAAAUAUAUAUAUAUAUAUUUUCAUUGGCCUAACCACAAAUAAUGAUGCUUGAUACAAUUAUAAUGCUAUUUUUGUUUUACCUAAUUUUUUUAUGUGUAAAAAAAUAAAUGAAUAUAAAGUGUAAGAAAAUACAUAAACACCCCUUGUUGUCAAUAUGAUGGACAAAAUAGAAAAAGUCCUGCACACUGUCGUAGCUUUGACAUUUUAAUUAGAGAAAAAUUAGGUGAAAUACCUUCUUCAGAUAUUUAAAAAAAAUGUUUGUUCAACCGGUAUAUUUAAUUAAAACAUAAACUAGCUAAUCAGAUCAUGAUUCAAGUGUUCAAGUGGGUGAUUCUUACAAAACCUGUCAAGAAAAUGUCGUUUUACUAAAAAAAAAAUCAAAAGAAAUAAAUAAGAAACUAUAUUUUUCAUAUAGAAAAUAAAGCUUAUUUUUAGGGCCAUUCAUAUUUUCUAUAUUGUGAGAUUAUUUUCUUGACCAUUAUUUAUAUUUUAAAUUUUACAAUAUUAUAAUAUUUUAAAUAUUAUAAUAUUUAUACAUCGUGAUAGUUCUCUCUUGGUACUGCCUUUCAUUUUCUUUGAUUUUAAUACCAAAAAAUUAAAUUAAAAUAAUUGUAAAAAAAAAUCUGAAAAUCCGGGAAUGAAAAUUGCAGGGCAAAAUAUGCUUAAAUAUCUGGAAAAUAAUGUCAAAAUUAAAAAUAUAUAUAUUUAUGGUCCCAAAUGUAGGCUUUAUGCAAAAGGAUUUUCUUUAUGCAAAAUGUAUUCUAUUUUAUUUAUUGAUUUUUAUUAUUGAUUUGAGGUUAAAUAUGACCAGAACAUUUUCUUGACCGGUUUCGUGAGAAUCACCCUGAUAGACAAUAUGUUUUAUUAUUAUUUAUUAUUUAUUAUUUUUAUAUUAUGGUUAAUUAAACGUUUUAAAAAUGCCAGAAAAAGGUUUUUAUACCGAAAUGUUAAAGAUUUGCAACUAACAACAGCGUGUGGGACUAUUUCUAUUUUGUCCAUUAUAUAUGUUUAAAUGAGAAAUAUUUUAUAUUUGUUCAUUAAACAUUUCAUUUUUCUUUACAACAAAACUUUAAAAUAAUUCAUUAGGUUUUUAAUUUGCAAUAAUAGCUGGUAAUCUUGCAGCUGUAAUUUAACUAUUCAUCAAAAGCAAAUAAUUUGAUUAAUUUUUCCAGAACUACGUCUAAACUUGGUUACCUUGACAUUUUAAAUCAGCAGAAUUCGCGGACAACCAAAAGUCUGCAAGACAUAAAAACGCACGAAUAUGCUCGGCAAAUGUAAGAUGUAGUGCAAGUGACAAGUUCAAUCAACGGGACCAAAAUUGGGCGACACUGGCCAAUGGGCCAUCCUUCUUGUUGAGCCCUGUGACGUUUUAGUUUUUAUACUAGAGAAUUUUCCUCCCUGACUCAAACUACGGCAAUAGCAACUCUCACGCGGGGGAGAACGAAGCCAUACUGAGACUUUGGAGUGAAUAUGGAAAAACACAGGUUGUCGUACCUAUCCCAAAACUUUGUGCUUCAAGAUGAAGGAUUUCUCCCAAUUUUCUUUCUCUUACCGUUUGCAUGCUUCCUUUUUAAACGAGUGUACUACUCUUCCAAGUGAACCUGUGGUAUUUAUACACCGAAAGAGUGCAUGUCUGUGAUGUUUGAGGCCCUAACCUCUCCUUUAUAAACAUUUCAGAAGAUGACAAAAACAACAACGAGUUUUUUUUCACUGUUUUAAGUACAUGACAAAGAAAUGCAAUAAUUAUUAUUGAAUAUUACUAAUGAAUAUUAUCAUUAGUUGGCUGGCAUUAAGUUUUAUUUUUGUUAAAGGAACUGAAUAUUCGUUGGAUGUUUAUUGUAGUCUGAGUGGAUGGCAUGAAGAAAGGAUAGGAUGACAUUUUUCUUUGGAUCCCUGGCUAUAGGUGUUUGGCGAAUGCUUAUGGGAUGAUUCUUUUGAAAAUAUUUCCAGGUCACAUUACCGCUCUUAUAUCAACAGGAAAAAAUAGAAAUGAUGUUUUGCAUGAGGAAAAUAAAGCUUAUUUUUAGGACCAUAAAGAUUUUUUUGCAGUGUGACAUCGUUUUCAUGAAAGCUUUCCCCCCCCCAAAUUCUCUGUAACACAUUUUAAUUUUCAGUUUUAUAUUAGAGGUCGACCAAUAGUGGAUUUUGCCGAUACGAUAAGUAAGGUAUUGGGAAAGGCGAUACCAGAUUAAUUGGCCGAUAGUUUUUAAAAAUCAAUUUAUAAAAUGUCAAAAAUAGUCCAAAAUGAAUGAAAUCCCAGAUUUAGAUUUGUUCUACCAAAAUCCCCAAAGUAACCAGAAAAAAUUAAGAUUUGGUGCAUAACACGAGACUUUGAAGUAUAAACGACCCCGAAACACACCAAUGAAAUUAUGAAAGAUCUAUCGGCAUAAAUUAUAGUUACAAAAAGCAACUAUCGGCACCGAUUAAUCAGUAAAACCAGUAUAUCGGUCUACUUUAUUUAAUAUAAUUCUCAUUAUUUUCAAUGGGAAUAACAGCUCAUUAAUGCAAUUAUUUUUAUUUUAUUAUAUUAUUUUAUUAUUGUUUAUAUCAGCAUAAAGGCAGUACAACAAAUAUUACCAUAAUGUGUAAAUACUUAAUCUAAGUAAUAUAUUGUUUUAUUUAUUUUUUUCUUUGUUUUUGCAUUUCAGAAGUGAGAGUUUGGGAGGAAAAUGUGCUUCAAAAUAAUGUCAUAAUACAAAAAAAAAAAAAAAAGACUAAAAUAGCCUUUGUUUUCUUUAAAAAA